UGUGUAGUAACACGUCACUCUUCUGAGCUCCAGGAACACCGGCCGGGGGCGAAUCCUGCACGACGAAGUCAUUUUCACUUGUCAAUGGUGGUGUGAUCACGAUUAUUAUAUAUUAUUUAUUACAGCCUGGAUUCAAAAUCCUCAUUGAUUAAAAAGUUGUUCACACUGUCAUGGCGACCUACCAAGAGUUCAUCCAACAGAACGAGGAUCGUGAUGGAAUACGCUGCAGCUGGAACCUCUGGCCUUCCAGCCGCCUGGAGGCCACACGGCUUGUGGUUCCUGUGUCCUGCCUUUACACUCCUCUCAAAGAGAGACCGGACCUGCCUCCCGUCCAGUACGAGCCCGUACUGUGCAGCCGGGCCAAUUGCAAAGCCGUACUCAACCCACUCUGUCAAGUGGACUUCAGAGCCAAGAUAUGGGCCUGCAACUUCUGCUUCCAGAGAAACUCUUUUCCUCCAUCGUACGCAGGCAUUUCAGAAGUGAACCAGCCCGCAGAACUAAUGCCUCAGUUCUCCACCAUUGAGUACAUAGUGCAGCGUGGACUUCCAACCCCUCUCAUCUUCCUGUAUGUGGUGGACACAUGCCUGGAGGAGGAAGACCUCCAGGCCCUAAAAGAAUCCCUACAGAUGUCUCUGAGUCUCUUGCCCCCCAACGCCCUGGUGGGUCUCAUCACCUUUGGCCGUAUGGUUCAGGUCCAUGAGCUCAGCUGUGAAGGUAUUGCCAAGAGCUUCGUCUUCCGCGGCACAAAGGAGCUUUCACCCAAACAGAUACAGGAGAUGCUGGGACUGAUGAAACCAGCCACCUCUGGACAGCAAGGCAAACCACUAGCCCCCCAUGAUGCUGCUGCUUCCUGCAGAUUUCUGCAGCCUGUGCAAGCAGUGGACAUGAACCUGACCGACCUGCUUGGGGAGUUGCAGAGAGACCCUUGGCCUGUUCCUCAGGGGAAGAGACCUCUGCGUUCCACAGGCAUCGCCCUUUCCAUUGCUAUUGGACUAUUGGAGGGAACUUUUCCUAACACAGGAGCCCGUGUGAUGCUGUUCACUGGUGGCCCCCCAACACAGGGGCCCGGCAUGGUGGUGGGAGAUGAACUGAAGACCCCCAUCCGCUCCUGGCACGACAUCCAAAAAGACAACGCUCGCCAUCUAAAGAAGGCCACUAAGUAUUACGAGACUCUGUCUAACCGCGCAGCUGUAAACGGACACAGCGUCGAUAUCUACGCCUGUGCGCUGGAUCAGACGGGACUGCUAGAGAUGAAAUGUCUUUCCAACCUCACAGGGGGCCACAUUGUCAUGGGCGAUUCCUUCAAUACGUCUCUGUUCAAGCAGACAUUCCAAAGAGUCUUCAGCAAAGACUACAACGGAGAGUUCCGCAUGGCGUUUGGCGGUACUUUGGAAGUGAAGACCUCAAGAGAGCUGAAGGUAUCGGGUGCGAUCGGGCCAUGUGUGUCCCUGAACUCCAAAGGACCCUGUGUUUCAGACAAUGAAAUGGGCGUCGGAGGAACGUGUCAGUGGAAGAUUUGCAGUCUUACGCCUGCCACCACCCUGGCCAUGUACUUUGAAGUGGUAAAUCAGCACAACGCCCCUGUUCCUCAGGGUGGAAGAGGAGCUGUUCAGUUUGUCACACAGUACCAGCACUCAAACACACAGCGGCGGAUCCGUGUCACCACCAUUGCUAGGAAUUGGGCUGACGCACAGUCCCAGAUCCAGCACAUCGAGUCGUCAUUUGAUCAGGAAGCCUCAGCCGUUCUUAUGGCCCGGCUCGGUGUUUUCAGGGCGGAGUCGGAGGAGGGGCCUGACGUUCUCCGCUGGCUGGACAGGCAGCUCAUUCGCUUGUGUCAGAAGUUUGGCCAGUUCAGUAAAGAUGAUCCGAACUCCUUCAAACUGUCUGAAUCUCUCUCACUCUACCCACAGUUCAUGUUCCACUUGAGGAGAUCCCCGUUCCUGCAGGUGUUCAAUAACAGUCCGGACGAGUCGUCCUACUACAGGCAUCAUUUUGUGCGUCAGGAUCUGACACAGUCGCUGAUAAUGAUACAGCCCAUCCUCUACUCGUACUCUUUCUACGGUCCUCCAGAGCCUGUUCUUCUGGACAGCAGCAGCAUCCUUCCUGAUCGCAUUCUGUUGAUGGACACCUUCUUCCAGUUGGUGAUUUACCAUGGAGAGACUAUUGCUCAGUGGAGGAAGGCUGGAUACCAGGAGAUGCCAGAGUAUGAGAACUUCAAGCAGCUUCUUCAAGCUCCUCUGGACGACGCUCAGGAGAUCUUGCAGACGCGCUUCCCAAUGCCCAGAUACGUCGACACCGAGCACGGAGGUUCACAGGCCCGCUUCCUCCUCUCUAAAGUCAACCCGUCCCAGACACACAACAACCUCUACGCCUGGGGCCAGGAGUCCGGAGCACCAAUCCUCACAGAUGACGUUAGUCUGCAAGUUUUCAUGGACCAUCUCAAGAAACUGGCUGUUUCGAGUUCAGCUUAAACUUUCUCAAUAAAGGAUGUACAUUUAGAUUGGAGAAGAACUUUUGAACCAAUUAUCUGGAGAAACUUCCAUAUCCAACCCUGACACAACAAAAUGCAUCUCCAUGUUUGUUUACGAGGUCCUCCAGAAAAACGGUUGUUAGAUGUUUUCUAAUUCUCAUCUACUCAAGUAGUUAUUAUCAUGUUUGUUUGCUUAUUUAAUUAAUUUAGUUUGGCUUUUGUCUAACAGGAAGUGUUACGUUUCAUUUGUUCCCCUGUAACGUCUGAUUUCCCAAAGAGAGUAUGUCUUCUGUCAUCAUGUUGCUUGUUGCUCUUUCCCAUGCAUGUUCAGACUGAA